AUGGUGAGAGAAACUGUUUUUUCGUUGAUUUAUACUCACUACCAGAUGACAAUGACAGAAUCUGCUACAAAUGGCGCUAUUGCUCCUUUGAAAAAGGCGAACGAUGUACGCAUCGAACUUGGUGAACUGACAAUUCACAAUAUUAAUCAACUCCGUGUUAUUAACAGAACCGUUUUCCCUGUGAAUUAUACAGAUAAGUUCUACACUGAUCUUCUCAAAAACCCUCAACUCUGCCGCCUAGCAUAUUUCAAUGACAUUGUUGUAGGCGCCGUUUGCUAUCGAUUUGAAAAGGCAGAGGGUUCCGAUAAUCUUAAAAAUUGUUAUAUUAUGACACUUGGUUGUCUUGCUCCAUAUAGAAGAUACGGCGUUGGUUCUAUGCUUCUUAAGCAUGUUCUACGAAUGUGUGUCAAGAACACUCAGGUACAAGCAGUUUAUUUGCAUGUACACGUUGAAAAUGACGACGCUGUCAAAUUUUAUCAACGAUUUGAUUUCGAAAUCACAGGCAAAGUUGAAAAUUACUACCGCCGCCUUUUACCACAGGAUGCCUACAUUUUAAAACUUACUAUAGACCACUCUGUACCUAUCAGUGAUUCAGAUUCCGAUUAA